CGCGCGGGCAGGUUAAGAGGAGCCUAAGCUUUAUUAGUUACCGUGUAUGAUCCAGAGAAAACAAAACUAUAUUUCCCAUUUCUGAACUUGGAUGUGUUGACUGAGCGUGAUGAACUAUGGGUAAUACUCAGUGAAUCCAGAGACCAGUGAUCGGUGUUGUAACUCGCGGGUCACAGACAGUGCGCGCGUGUGUGUGUGUCUCAACGGUGACCUGCAUCAUGGCCGCCUCCAGGAUGGGAUUGCUGCUCCUUCCAUCCCUAGGUCAUCUGCUGCCCCUGCUAGUAUUGUUGAGUGUGGGCGUGCAUGGGCGUGGUAGCGGUAGCGGACCUGUGUUGGUACUUGAACCACCCGCCCGCACCUACCUCACCAACUCCACAGGCGUGACGUUGCGGUGCGCCGCUUUGGGCACGCCUACGCCUACCAUCACCUGGAUAGGCGCUUCUGGAGAGCCUGUACAAACACAGACAGGACUAAGGGAGGUGUUGCCCAAUGGAUCCUUGUGGGUGGCACCAGCUACGCCAGGCGGAGGUCAUCUCACCCGCUCGACCUACCGCUGCAAGGCUGCCAACCCUACCGGCACCGUCAUCAGCAGGACUACCACCCUCACCACAGUAGUGACGUGGGAUGUGACAGUGCGAGCGGAAGGGUCACGGGUGGUGGUGGGCGGCGUGGGCGUGGUGAAGUGCCAAGUGGGCGGGGCGGUGGUGAGUGGGUGGGCGGUAACUACUUGGCUAGUCCAGGAGACAUCCACAGCUACGCCCGUUCCUCUCCCUGAUGCUGGCCGGUACGUGUAUGGCUGUGAACGGACGCUGUACGUACAGGAGGUAACACAGGCCGACGCUCACGCCUCCUUCAUGUGUCGUGUGAGGCAUCGGGCCGCUCACACACCCAUCACGAGCCCUCCCACCUCCCUCACCGUUCUAGCUGCGCCUGUUAUAGAUAGUCCACCUAGGAUGGAGGCUGACCUGACGAGGAUGUUGGAGGUGGUGGAGGGUCAACCAUUCACCAUCCCUUGUUUGGCCCAUGCCCAUCCUCCUCCACACUUCAGCUGGUCACGUGAUGGCAUAGGCGGUGAGCUGGGUACUGUGGGCGGUAGCGUGGGCGUGAGUGGUGGCCGAGUGUGGGUGCGAGGGGCGGUAGCGGGCGGAGCACGGGCGGGGCCAGCUGAUGCUGGUGGCUAUACUUGCGUGGCAGCUAAUGGGGCUGGGACUGAUACUGCCCAUUUUACGCUCACAGUCAUCCAGGAGCUACAGGUCACCGCUCACCCUCCUCUCCAGAUGGUGUCAGCUGGUAGCCGCGUGACUAUAGGGUGUCGUGUGCAGGGAACUCCGGUGGCUGAAGUCCGCUGGUAUAAGGACGGGGUGGCCCUCCAUCCUCACACCCACUCUCAUAUGUUGCUGCAAGGGCGUGACACUCUAGCCGUCUCGGGCGUUGGGGAGAGGGACGCUGGCAUGUAUCAGUGUGUAGCAGCCAAUAGUCUAGGGGAAGCACAGGCAACUACCCAACUUAGUGUCAGAGAUUCACCGCCCACACUACGACACACCUUCAUCGAGCAGACCCUACAACCAGGGCCUCCCAUAUCACUCAAGUGUACAGCUCUCGGUCACCCCACGCCCGUCAUCACCUGGACACUUGACGGACGCCCACUCACACCUUCCAGCGGCCAUUACGGAGGGCAGCGUUUGGGCGUGGGCGCGUGGGUGGACAUGGGUGGGCAGGUGGUGAGCCAGGUAAACAUCAGUAAUGUGGAUCACCUGGACGGCGGCCUCUACACCUGUACAGCAGUUAACACGGCCGGCAAGGUGCACCACGCUGCCAGGCUUAAUGUUUAUGGUCCACCCACCACGAGGACACCAACCAAUGUAAGUGUGGUGGAAGGCUCUGAGGCGUGGUUGGUGUGUCCUGUGGCGGGUUACCCUAUCACCGCGGUAUCCUGGACUCUACACGGGCGUCCCCUCACACCCACCUCCCGCAGGACUCCUCGAGGGGACGGGGCGCUGGUAAUACAGAGUGUGGAGGCGCAGUAUGACGUGGGUCACUAUACCUGUACGGCGUCCGAUGCUCAAGGACGUUCAGCAACUGCCACCUUCUUCCUCGCCGUUGUCAAACCUCCAGUAUUAGCAGAGCUGAAAUUCCCGACUGGCCUGGUAGAAGGAAUGCGACUGUCGUUAGCUUGUUCCCUGUUGAGCGGUGACCUUCCCAUCAGCCUGAGGUGGUCAAGAGAUGGCCGCCCUCUGCCUCGUGACCCCGUACUAACCGAGACCCACUCACAGUUCUUUUCCAACUUGGUGUUUGAAGAUAUACGAGGUAGACACGCUGGAGAGUAUACCUGUACUGCUUCUAACUCUGCCGCCUCUUCCACCGUCACAGCCAACAUGCACGUCAGAGUGCCUCCGUCGUGGGUGGUGGAGCCUCAGGAUGUGGCUGUGGUGGGCGGUGAGGAGGUAGCCCUUGAGUGUCACGCCCAGGGCACACCCACACCCACCCUCACCUGGAAAAGAACUACAGAUGGCGUGGGUUUGGACGAGGCCUCAUCCGUGGUGGGUGACGGGUGGCGCAUCAGGACUCCACGGGCUGGUUCCCUCAGAAUCCGAGACUCCCGCGCAGAGGACAGUGGGCGGUACUUGUGUCACGCCCAGAAUGGUGUCAAUCCGCCCAUCUCUAAGACCAUUAACCUGUCCGUCUUAGAGGGAGCUCGUAUGGAGGAGCGAGUGGUGAACCAAUCAGCAGCAGUGGGUGACAGUGUGGCUCUGAGGUGCCCGGCGAGAGGAGACCUGCCCCUGGCCUUCACCUGGGCCCGUGACGGUCUACCCAUCACAGGUGCGCCAUCGUCAGAGGUAGAGAUUGGUCUGGAGGAGGGAGGGAGGACGUCAGUGUUGAUGAUCCCCUCCACCAGCCGCUCCCACGCCGCUGUCUACACCUGCCAGGCCUCCAAUCGCUACGGUGCCGACUCCACCACCUUCUUCCUCAACGUUGUGGAGCGGCCAGACCCCCCGGGACACGUCCAUGUGAGGGAGGUCACCAGCCGUCACGUGUCCCUGGCUUGGGCACCACCCUUUGAUGGCAACUCUCCGCUGACCCACUACCUGCUGCAACACUGGCCCGCCCACGAUGCUGCCCCCAUGCCCACUAACACCACCCUCCCCCUGGACCUGACCCAGGCUACACUCAAGGGUUUGUCUCCAGGCCGCACUACGUGCAGGUGUUGGCUGUUAACGCUCGAGGGGCGUCUCUCCCGACCUGAGCAUCCACCACCUGCAGGAACCACCUGCCCCGCCCACGCCUCCGUGCCCACGCCCGCCAGCAGACCCACUAUCACCCUUACUUGGCAGGCGCCAGCAGCACCUGAGCCCCGGCCAGUACCGUCAUCACCACCAGAAAACGUUAAGUGUGAUCCCCUAUCGUCCCAAGCUCUGAGGGUCCGCUGGAAUCCCUUACCUCUCAACCUUUCUAAUGGUCCUGUUCAGGGCUACAAGGUCUUCUAUAAGAGAACAUCCAAUAUUGAAGGAUCCAACGCAGUGGAGAUCAAACGUACCACCAACUUGGAGACUAACUUACAAGGAUUAGGUCGCUUCACCAACUACAGCGUGAGAGUCCUAGCCUUCACAGCGGCUGGGGAUGGUGUCGUCUCUACCCGUAUACACUGUGCUACUCUGCAGGAUGUUCCUGGAGCACCAGCAGCCAUACGAGCUCUUCCUGCUGGUCGGAAAACAAUCGUGGUCUCCUGGCUACCACCAUCGCGUCCAAAUGGUGUCCUUAAUCACUACACUCUUUACUACCGUCCACUCAAUGCUCCACAGGCCACGAGUAGUUUGGUGGUGGCAGCAGAGGCCGGAGCGGUGCCUUGGAUAGAACUGAAACGAGAGGUCGGGGAACUGGACACCCACGCCCGGUAUGAGUUCUGGGUGACAUCCUCCACUCAUGUAGGCGAGGGUGCUGCAUCCAGGGUGGUAUCCGAGAGUCCUUCCUCAACAGUUGCAGCAAGGAUCAGGUCAUUUGGACAGACUGUGGAGGUGCAGGCCGGGGGAACUCUCACCCUGCCCUGUGCUGUGGUGGGUAUACCAACACCUACCGUCACCUGGACACACCUCGGCCGAGACAACAUCCCCCAGACACAGGUACUUCCAGACGACUCAUUACACGUGUCUGUAGUGGGGGCAGAUGUCGCUGGUAACUACACCUGCCACACCCACAAUCCCAGCGGGCGUGAUGAGGUAACCUGGGUGGUGCAGGUGGUCCAGGCGCCCCCACCGCCCACACUACGGGUCCAGUACGCCACUGAAACAGCCAUACAUCUAUCUUGGGACACAACUGGUGAUGGAGGCAAACCUAUUACCGGCUAUGUUAUCCGGUAUAGUCUGGAGGGAGAGAAGUCUUGGGUGGAGGAGACGGUUGAACCCGGGGAGACCACCAACAGCCUGCAGCAACUCAGGUGUGGCUCCACCUAUCGUCUGCAGGUGGCUGCCAGCAACCAAGUGGGUCGGGGUGAAGCUUCCCGCACCGUCAACACCAGAACCCGCGGCGCUGCUCCUCGUCAACCACGCCAUCAGGACGUUGUAAGCGUCAAUUCCUCUUCUGUGACCUUACACUUGUACACGUGGCCAUCGGGGGGUUGUCCUAUCACCUGGUGGGCGGUGGAAUACAGGUCUCACUCCGACGCCUCCUUCACCCCCGUUGCAUCUCACCUGGCAGGAGAUACGGAUUCCAUCACAUUACCUGAACUCUUACCUCUGACCUGGUAUCAACUGCGCAUCACCGCCCACAAUGCCGCGGGGUCUGCCACUGCCAUAUAUGACGUCGCUACGGCAUCUCUUACAGGAGCAACACUAGCGCCAGAGUCUGUGGUAGAGGUGGUGGAGAGCAGUGGGUCGCCUCUCUACCUCGACCCUACCGUGUUGGCCCCUGUGGUGUCCGGCAUAGCUUGUACUCUCGCUCUCCUGCUCUGUGUGGGUCUGCUUGUCUCCAGGGGACGCGCGCGGUUCAUGAAGAGUGAAACAGCGACCACCGGGGAGGGAGAGAGAACCACCGGAGGAGCCACGUACUCUCGCUCUCUGGCUGAACUACAGAAUCACCGUAAUGACAGUCAGGAGCAACUCUCACCCGCGGCAAGAGCCAAACAUGAAGAGGCUUAUACUGUGGAGGAGCCAUACGAGAUCUGCCCAUACGCCACCUUCAGCUUACCACCCGGUAGUGGUGGGGGCGGCGCUCUCGACUACACGCUACAGUUUCAGACGUUUGGCCACCAAGACUGUUACGAAGGCCAGCCACAACCGCCAAGGUCUUCCUCCUUCAUGGGUGGGAAAAGGCGCGAGGGUGGUGGUGGGGUGGGAAGCACUGGAGCCACUGCCGAGAUUGCAUGCAUCUCAAGUCAACAAACUCUUCCCAUCUCUUCGGUGGGUGUUCGUGGACGUGCAUGUAGACGUGGACAAGCAGGAGAGGAAGGUCAUGGGUCAGACAGUGAACAAGACACCAGUGGUAGCCCUGGUGCCACCCCCGCCCAUGGUGUGAGAGACACUUACAAGGUUCCUGUCAGGUUAAGGAGAGGUGCAGACUUCACCUUCCACCCUCCAGACUCAAGCACUGAGAGCAAUGAUGAGCGAUCUCCCAUCCCACCCCGACGCCCACCUCAUCUCCAGCAGCAGCAACAGCAGCAGUCUAACACCCUGGAGAGUGUGUAUUCAGUGGAAGGGGCGGUGGGCGGGCCGCUGCGUCCACCCACAGGAUUCUCAGAUUCUCGUGAAUUAUCAGAGGCCGAGUGUGAUCGCGACCCUCGUGAGGCGGGCAUUGGAGGACAAAAAACCAGAGCACAACAGCCAAG